AAAUGGAACUUGUGAUCGUCGCCUUGGCAUAAAAAAGAAAAAUUGAAAAACGCAGUUGAGGGUGAACUGAUAAAACUUGUGGAAAAACCCACCAAGCACAUCACGAAACUUAUUUGCUGACUUUGAUGACCCUGCUAUCGUUUAGUUUAAAUUCCAUCGAGCAGCUAUUGGCGGGGGUACGCUGGACUUGUGCAUAUAAACAUGGACGAUAGUUAAUUUUGCUCGCACAUAAGAAAAGGAAACCCAAUCAUUAGGGACCUCCUAGCAAUGGACAACAGGCAUCAGCUAGUUAUACUGGCAACAUGCUUCUUAUUGAUCAUCACGUCAGGAUCAACAAGAGAAACCUUUUCCCAAAGGCGUCAAAGACUUCUUGAGGAGAAGAGAAGGCAGCAGCAAAAUUUAUCUGAUACUGCAGUGAUAACCACGACAACUCCUGCACCUCGCCAAUUAACAGUAUUGGAUAGUAUAAACAAAGCUGUGGCUGCCAGUAAUGAUGUGGAAUUUGAAAUCAAAAUGACUACCGAGCUCAACUGGGAACAGUACCUCGUCCCCAUACCAACCAGCAUGGGAAUUCUGGCCACCAUGAUGAUGGCAGCUGGUCAGACGGAUGACUUUCCACUGAAUGAAGAAGUGCCAUCAGGUGGAUUUCGUUACCUGAACCACUCCGACAGUUUCAGAAGAUCUUUGUUGCAAAUCGGCCACGAGAGCUAUCAGGCCUUCUUGUGCGCCCAUAACAACAUGAACAAAAUCCGGCUAUCGACGCUCACCAUCCCUGCCUACAUAGAAGCGGCUAUCGAAAUCCUUGCCACCGGAGAUAUACAAUUGAUUCAACAGCGUUUACACAGACCGUUGAAUGUCGUCAUGAAAUCAAUUAAUGACAAUGUGAACUGGUCGGAGGAGGUAUCCAUCGCCUUUGGCCGACUGUCCAACCUGACGGAUGAAGUUCAUUUGGCUGCCAUUAGUUCCAACACCAUCAAAUCAGCUCGCAAAUCACAAUUGGUGGCUAAGCAGUCGACCACUCAAUUAACAGCCGAUCUUCUUCAGCAAUCACUGAACAAUUUAGAGAAACGAGUGAGAAAGGAUUUGGAUCAGUACGAUCGAAGUUUAAAGGAUUUGCUGGAUGCACAUCUUUCAAUGCCACUGCCCUUCGAAAAUGUUUGGAAUGAAUGUGGCAGAUUUUGUUUGCAACAGUCUUUGGUGGAGGACAUAAAUCCGGAUCUUCGUCUCAAGAACAAAGUUCAGUCCAACAGGAAAAUACGACUAACCGUCUCUCCGCCUGAUCCUUGCAUUUCCAACAAUGAUCGUCCUGCAUUCGAUACUUACACUAGAAGUUCGACGCUUUUGAACGAAUACCAAACACUCCUUUCCAUCAAUUCCGCGAAGGGUCGCUAUAAUAAGACGCAAGAUGUGGCAUUUUUCGAGAAUCUUUUAAACAUCUCCAGCCAAUGUCAGCCAAUCAGAGAAGUUAUUCAAACGGGAUUAGUGGCCAUUGACCAGCUUCACCAAUUGGCUAACGCUACAACAAUACCAGAAGGGUCAUUAGAGCAAACUGCAUUGACCAACGAAGAUGAGAAGUCCAAAUUCGAAGAAUGGAGGAAAAAGGAAUUUGUCAGAGUGCGCAAGUUGAUAAAGUCCUUCAAUGAAGAAGCGACAUAUUUAAGAGAUGUCGCGCUAGAGAUAACGACAAUUGACCCUCGUUCUGGAAAUGUUACGCAUCCGGGCCAAAAAUCUUGGGCUGGCGAGCAAGCAAAAGCAAACGCAGAAUACAAAAUCUCACUGCACAAGGAAAAGUUGGAAGUAUUGAGACGCGCUUUGGAUAGACAUUGGAAGGAAAUAAUCGACAAGACUGAUGAAUCCAUACUUGUAUUAAGAGAGAUUCACACAUGGAAAGCGGAAGAAUUGGGACUCGAGCGGGCCAUGAAAAUGUUGGAGGCGGGGUUGACCGAGAUGAGCAAGCUAAAAGAGAACUGGGCUUUACUGGUUCGUUUUUUCAUCCAACUGUCACAGUUCAUUAAAACGAUCAACGACAGCAAUGUGGAGCAUUUUGUCAAUCACCUGGAAACAACGAUUGACACAGAAUCGUUCAAAAGGAGCAAUGGUCAACUAAAAAACUGGGUCAUCAAGGCAAUUCAAGAGAAAACUGUUAAAGCCAAUCAGGCCAUGACCUUAGUUCACGAUAUGGCUUCUACGUAUUCUCGUAUUUCUACCAAGUACCUGAUGCCACGGGUGCACACAUUAGAUCAGAUGAUGAAUUUCCAAGCGAUCAAUUCGACGGUCAUGUUUUACGAAAGGAAUCAAUUACUCGAGUCUUGCAUUGACGACGAACUCAAAAUCCAACAAUUGAUUGCUGAAGAGAAAUGGCGGCUGAGGGAAAAAUUCGAAACCAAUAGCCGUCAGAUACGUCAGCAAUACGCUUUGAUUUAUCAGCUACACGAAAAUAAUGUUAAUAAUGGACCCGAAGAUAAUUCUGUUCAAGUUCUAGACAUUAAUGUUGAUGAUUUCUAAUAGCUGUCAUGGAAUUUCUUCUUUGCUGUUCAUUUCUCUAUUAUAAAGUAAAAGCUGGUAUUCCUCAAAUACUCCUUCAGCGGAUGCUGAGUUGCCCCGUCUCGAUAUUUAGCCAAAUCCCAUCUGGUGUUUUAGUCCCAUAAGGCCCUCUUGAGAAAAAGUUUUUUUUUUAAAUCUUAGGAUUAUUAUUAGUGCAAAUUUUUGCUUAUGUGUAAUUUUUACAUGUAGUUUGAAAUCAUUACGAUUUUAUAAAAGAAACUUAAACAAGCCAUCGCUACCAUUGACCAGAUUUAGAUGGGAGAUAUUAUGAACAGUGGAUUCAGUAUAGACUUUUGAAAUUGAAAAAUCAAUCAGCUUUGUUGUCUCGUGAAAAUCUCUUAAACUCGACAGCUCUGGCGUCUUCGGUAAGCGGAAAAUGUACUGCAUCACGAAGCGUCAGAUGAUGGUUUUAAGAAUGGACUCUUUCCUUCGCUUUGCCCAAUAAAUCUGUGCUUGGAACUGGCAGGUGGCGUUUAGCAGUGGCACCCAAUCUUUAUUCUUAAAACCCAGAGGUGUUCUUCACUUUUCAGGGGAUUGAUUUAUGAGACUUGUUGGUUAAACCAUGAAGAAUAGUCUGCCAAUACAUGGAUAAAUGGAGA